CAAUAAUCCUGAUCCUCGAUCUUGCGUCGUCGUCGUCAAAGAGACGACUCGAUCAUCAUCUCAUCUCAGAGCACGCAAGCAACAAUGGUUACUAGCAUCCGCGUCAUAGUUGGAAUCAUAGGAUCUGUAGUCUGUGUGCUCCUCUACGCGGUUCCAGUGCUGACGUUUAAGAGAGUGGUGAAGGAGGCCAGCGUUGGGGAGUUCUCGUGCGUGCCAUACAUCCUCGCCCUUUUCAGCGCCUUCACCUGGGGCUGGUACGGCUUCCCCAUCGUCAGUGACGGGUGGGAGAACCUGUCGCUCUUCGGCACGUGCGCCGUCGGAGUGCUCUUCGAAGCUUCGUUCGUCGUCGUAUACGUGUGGUUUGCGCCAAGAGACAAAAAGAAAUCUGUCGUCCUAAUGGUGUCUCUGGUUGUGGCAACGCUCUGCGUCAUCGUAUCCUUGUCAAGCUUCGUGUUCCACACGCACCAUAUGCGCAAGCAAUUUGUUGGUAGCAUUGGUAUAGUCACCUCCAUAUCCAUGUACAGCGCUCCGCUUGUAGCCGUGAAGCAAGUCAUCCUGACCAAGAGCGUGGAGUUCAUGCCUUUCUACCUGUCGUUGUUCUCCUUGCUGACCAGUUUUACAUGGAUGCUGUACGGCAUCCUAGGAAGGGAUCCCUAUCUUACGGCACCAAACGGCGCCGGGUGUUUAACUGGACUUCUUCAGAUCGCUGUGUACUGCAUUUACAGCAGAUGCAAUCGACCGCCGAAAGCAGUCAAUGGUGCGACAACUAGCCGUGAAGAUGCAAAUGAUUGCAAGGUUUGACUUGGAGAGUCUUAAGAAACUGCCUCUCUCCGACGACGCUAGAUACUACAGUGGCGCUAUUAAUUCGCAUGUGUGCAGUUAUUAUUAUCUAAUUGUAGCCUUCGCUAGCUGUGUCUGUUGUAAGACUAGUUUGUUUUACUUGGGGCAAAUCAAUGGGCAUAGCACCAGCAACCAGUAAUUAACC